AUGAAAGACUCGAAUAAAGAGUGUGGCGAGUCAAGUUUAGGAACAAAGACGAGUGAUGAACUCGAAGAUGGAGAGAGAGAAACCGAACAAAUAAGAAGAGAUGAAAUGGGAAACAAGGAGAGAGGGGAGGUUGAGGAAGAGAUGAACAAGGGAGAUGAGCACAUAUAUGGAGAGAGAGAGAGGGGCAAGAAAUUAGUCCCCACAAUCCACAAAAUUCCCAGUUCCCAUCUCCCAAUCGAAUUCACAUUCUCCGAUGGCAGAUCAAGAGGGGAACAGGGUAGAAAAACAACAACCCGACCCGAAUUCCCAACAGGCCGGAUCAAGAGAAUCAUGAAACUCGACAAAGACAUCAACAAGGUCAAUUCAGAUGCUCUAUUCCUCGUCUCCAGCUCCACUGAGUUGUUUGUCCGAUUUCUCGCAGAGAAGUCAGCAGAAGUUGCAGUCGAAAAGAAGCGAAAGAUUGUGAAACUCGAUCACAUUCGAGUCGCUGUUAAAAGGCACCAGCCUACCAGCGAUUUUCUCUUAGAUUCGCUUCCUCUGCCAAUUCAGUCAUCAGAGAAGCCUGCAAGUGAUAAGAUUAGUACUCGUACCACGGAAGAUAAACCAGCCCCGGCUGGCACUCGCCGGAUUGAUCAUUUCUUCACUAAGGCGGCAAAUGAAGAACUUCCAGUUCAGAUAAAUGAGUCCUAG